GAACCGGAAGUAAACAUUGACGUAUUGGCUUUGUUUCUGUCCAGUGGUUUGGGGGUCCGCUGCGACAGGACUUGAGGAGGCCAGAUAACAAUGGCGGCUGCAGCUGUGGACACAGUUAAUGCUGCCCCUGUGGCAGGGUCCAAAGAAAUGAGUUUGGAGGAACCAAAGAAGAUGACCAGAGAAGACUGGAGAAAGAAGAAAGAGCUAGAAGAACAGCGAAAACUGGGUAAUGCUCCUGCAGAAGUUGAUGAAGAAGGAAAGGACAUCAACCCUCAUAUUCCUCAGUAUAUUUCUUCAGUACCAUGGUAUAUUGAUCCAUCAAAAAGACCUACUUUAAAGCACCAGAGACCACAACCAGAAAAACAGAAGCAGUUCAGCUCAUCUGUAGAAUGGUAUAAGAGGGGUGUAAAAGAGAAUUCCAUAACUACUAAGUACCGCAAAGGAGCGUGUGAAAAUUGUGGGGCCAUGACACACAAAAAGAAAGACUGCUUUGAGAGACCUAGGCGAGUUGGAGCAAAAUUUACAGGAACUAACAUAGCUCCAGACGAACAUGUCCAGCCUCAGCUGAUGUUUGACUAUGAUGGGAAGAGGGAUCGGUGGAAUGGCUACAAUCCAGAAGAACACAUGAAAAUUGUAGAAGAAUAUGCCAAAGUUGAUCUGGCAAAACGAACACUGAAAGCCCAGAAACUCCAAGAAGAAUUGGCUUCAGGAAAGUUAGUGGAACAGGCUAAUUCUCCAAAACACCAGUGGGGAGAAGAGGAACCAAAUUCUCAAAUGGAAAAAGAUCAUAAUAGUGAGGAUGAGGAUGAAGAUAAAUACGCAGAUGAUAUUGACAUGCCUGGACAGAACUUUGACUCUAAGAGACGGAUUACUGUUCGGAAUCUCAGGAUUCGAGAAGAUAUUGCAAAAUAUUUGCGGAAUUUAGAUCCAAAUUCUGCUUACUAUGAUCCCAAAACUAGAGCGAUGAGAGAAAAUCCCUAUGCCAAUGCAGGAAAGAAUCCAGAUGAAGUGAGCUAUGCGGGAGACAACUUUGUUAGAUACACAGGUGAUACCAUUUCAAUGGCUCAGACACAGUUGUUUGCAUGGGAAGCCUAUGACAAGGGAUCUGAAGUGCAUCUGCAGGCCGAUCCUACCAAACUCGAGCUCUUGUAUAAAUCCUUCAAGGUCAAAAAAGAAGACUUCAAAGAACAGCAGAAAGAAAGCAUCCUGGAAAAGUAUGGUGGCCAAGAACAUUUGGAUGCUCCUCCAGCUGAAUUGCUUUUAGCUCAGACAGAAGACUAUGUGGAGUACUCAAGACAUGGGACAGUCAUUAAAGGACAGGAGCGGGCUGUCGCCUGCUCCAAAUAUGAGGAGGAUGUGAAGAUCCACAAUCACACGCAUAUCUGGGGAUCUUACUGGAAAGAAGGCCGAUGGGGAUACAAAUGCUGUCACUCUUUUGUCAAGUAUUCCUAUUGCACUGGAGAAGCUGGGAAGGAGAUUGUUAAUUCAGAGGAAUGUAUUGUAAAUGAUAUAACUGGAGAAGAAUCCGUGAAAAAACCUCAAACCCUCAUGGAGAUACAUCAGGAAAAACUAAAAGAGGAUAAAAAGAAGAAAAAGAAGAAGAAGAAGAAGCAUCGAAAGAGCAGCUCAGAGAGUGAUGAUGAAGAAAAGAAACAGGAAAAACUGAAAAAGGCACUGAAUGCAGAGGAGGCCCGCCUUCUUCAUGUCAAGGAGCUCUUGCAGGUUGAUGAGAGGAAGCGGCCUUACAAUAUCCUAUAUGAAACCCGAGAACCCACCGAGGAGGAAAUGGAGGCCUAUAGAAUGAAGCGACAGAGGCCGGAUGACCCCAUGGCCUCUUUCCUUGGACAGUAGUAACUAGUUGCAGAUGGACAUUCAUGAUACACAGCUUCUUGCCAAUGAUUGUAGAUGGAAAAGUCAGUGUCUGCUCAUCUUGCUGCCUGACUUUAAUAAAGCUUCCAGAAGUCUAAUAGUAAAUUCAUUCCUUUCCAUGCUGAAGGAAUAGAAGAAAAAUAAAGAGGAGGUACAUUAAGAGAAGAUUAAGAUUUUUAUUUCUAAUUUUAUAUUAGUGAUAUGGAAAGAGACCCUGGCUGGCUUGCUCAAUUGCUUGGCAUUUGAACAGUAGAUUAAUUACUUUUUCUCAAAACUAGGGCUUCAUUUUUUUUUAAUUAGUAACUGUAAUUGUUAUUUUAUAGUCUUUUUUUUUUUUUUUUGCCUUUUAAUGUUUUUCUGGUUUGCAAUUUAAAAAAAAUUCUAUCUGAAAGGAAAUUUGUAGAACAUGUGAAUAACUUUAUCCUCUUUGGUAAUCUGUUUUUCACUCAUUUAUAAAAUUUUGAUUUUUUAAUAUUUUCUUGUGUCUUACACCCAGAACUAAAUGUGUUAGCCUGUGAAUGGAAAAAUAGUUGUUUUGUCAUUCUUGAGUCAGAGUUGACCAAUCAGUGAUAGGUCUCUUAUCAUCCUAUAUAAUAAAAGCAUAAUAUGUAAAUCAACCGAACAGUGGAAUGACCGGUCGCUAUGAUGCGCACUGACCCACACUCAAUGCAAGAGCUGCUCCCUGGUGGUCAGUGCACUCCCACAGGGGGAGCACCGCUCAGCCAGAAGCCGGGCUCACAGCUGGCGAGUGCAGCGGUGGUGACAGGAGCCUCUCCAGCUUCCGCUGCAGAUAGGCUGUAAGGAGUGAGGGGUCCCAUACUGUGAGAGGGAUGUCUGACUGCCAGCUUAGGCCCAAUCAGACAGACAUCCCUUGAGGGAUCCCGGACUGUAAGAGUGCGCAGGCCAGGCUGAGGAAUACCCCUUUUUCCCCCCAGUGCACAAAUCUUGUGCACCGGGCCUCUAGUUUUGGAUAUAAGUGUUUAGACACAGAAAUCCUUUAUCAUAGAGAAUAUUGUUUGUGAUACUAUUUUUUUGUUUUAAUUGUGAUUGAUUUUAUGUAACAAUCAUGAAUACUAAAUUUGAUUUUAAAAGAGUAUAGAAUUUCCUUGUACCUAAUCUUUGUAGCCAGUAGGUGUCACUUUGUAAAAUUUGCAAAAGCAAAACCUAAAGUUGACAGUUUCUUCAAAGAAUUAUAAGAAUAGCCUGUAGGGCUACUCGCAACUGUGAAUGCCAUGAUCCUCAAGCCUCUUGUAAGAACAUUGUGAAAAUACAGGGAGAACAGGGUCUGUGGAAAAAAAAUUAGUUAAAACAUUAGACAUGAAAAUACUGACUUUCAACAGCUCAUUGGAUUCUCUGAGCUACCAAAAUCUGCUACUGCAUUAAGUUAGCAUCUUAGAAAUAAUUCUGGUGGGAGAGUAACUGAGUUGUCAAGUACUAUGGAUAUCUGCAUGGUAUCUAGAUUCAGGCUGGUAUGAAAUUAAAAUAGCAAUGCAAAUCUAAUUCUUAGCCACUUUAAGAAUGUCAAAAGUUUAUGUUUUCAUAUUCCUACUUUAAUGUAGGAUAGUUCAGCAUAAAUCUGAGAUUGGUGUUUAUUUUUUAUCUUAUUUAUCUUCUGUUAAUAAAGAUUUAUAAUUGAGAAUACUUAA